AGUUAUCCCGAACGCGUCGUUAUUGCAACAUUCAAGUUCCCAAAAAACACUUGGCAAUCACCGAUAGUGUUUUGUUUGCGCAACAUGUGCGAUAUCGGCGGUCUACUCAAACUCUGUGGAAAAAGUUGAGACGCGCCCCACUUUGAACAAUUUAUCGAUCCCGAAGAGGUAAUUGGAAUUCUGGGCAAAAAACGGUCGAAUUUAUAAGAAUUAAAGACGAUAGAAACCUCCUUGAAAUAAGAGUGGUUCGUAACACCAAAACGCACUGGGAGCACAUGUGCUCGGCUGGUGAGCCGCCCCGAGGUGAGGGGCCAUGCCAUGCGAGCUAGUCUGCCCCCAAUUAACAAAAAUAAUCAAGAAUCAAGGUCCCCACAUUCAUGUACACCAAUUAUUCCAUACUGACGAGCUGGAGAAAGGGAUUCCUCUCGCAGCGCAGACAAGUUACUGCGCAGAGCUGGAGGAGUUGCGGGAGUUGCUCCACUUCCCUGAAGAGGUUGCCCUUCGCCUGGCCGAUACUGAAUAUCAGCUUUUUUAUCAGGUCCCACCUAUCGACUACCUUCGUCAGGUGACCUUGGACUUGGGGGGAGCUACAGGAACAUCUGCCGAAAGCCUUCCAGGUAAUACAUCAGUGAAAAGAUCAUCUGUUUCGACUUUGAUCAAACGUUUCAACGAGGUUAGCGCUUGGGUGACACAAUUAAUAAUCACUCAACCCACUCACGAUGCCCGCCGAGCUGUCCUUUCUUGUGUCCUUCGAGUCGCCUUAUCCUCAUGGAAUAUCGGCAACUUCAACGGAGCCAUGGAAAUCAUUGCCGGCCUCAAAUCGAACAAACUCAAACCGUUCUGGUUAUCCAUCACCGAAAAAGAAACGCUACCGGUGUUGGACUUCUUAUCGGCGGCGCUACUUUCCGCAGAGUACGACCGUGCCUUAAACAGGGCACUCGCAAUGCCCGAGUGCCCAGUAGUACCCUUCUUCGGAGCUUUUCUCAGGGAGUUGCGGGAGAUUCUCGCAGCUUCCGAGGCAGUUGGCGGAGGAGGACUACCCGGAGAGCAUAUUCCGCCUGCGGGAAAGUCGCCAAAGGCAUCGCAAGGACACAGGGACCAACAUCAUCAGCAGAGACAAGUGUUCAUAUCAGAUUAUAAUGGAGAAGACCAUCAUUUCACAACAAUUGGUCCUGGAGGACUGAUCAAUUUGGAGAAAAUAUACCGCACGCAGGCGGUCAUGGACCAUAUAUCUUUGUGCCAUCAACAUUAUCAUAGUAGAAAUCGUCUUUCGCCCACUUUCAAUCUUAUCGAUUAUCUUAAGUCAUCAGCUAUAAAUGAACAACGCGUUUUAGCGUUCGGACCCCCGGAAAAAGUCGAACUGGACGCCGAAUAUGACUGUGAUGUAGAUGAUUAUCACCCUGUACAACCACUUGUACACGACCAUGGAGUUAGCUUUGUGUGCUUAUCGUCGCCAUUGACGAAAAUAGAUCAACAUGUCAUACAGAUCCUCCACCACGGUAGUACGUGCGUUAUAUGGGAAGGUUUGGAAGGGCCCUCUCCACCUUCAGGUACUAAAGGCGUUCUACUCUAUCUUCGUCUAGAUAGAUCCUCGACGACCUUAACAUGGGUCAGACCAAGUUGGAGUGGUCUUAAGGCUGGAUCAUCCAACGAAUCAACGGAUCCUUUCACUACCGAUUUUAAUCUAUCAUUUAAUCCUGAAGACACUUUGGCGCCAGGUCUACUUACGAAGCUGGCGUUACAAACGUCUGGUGAACAAAGUACCGGUACUACAUUAGACGAUGGUUUUCUGGAUCUAAUGGUGGUUAAAGAAGUUCAUCUUGGUGGUAGAGAUGCGGAAAAAGACGCCGAAUUGGCAUCUAUGGCAAGACGAUACGGCCUUAAUCAUGAACCUGGCAACGAGUGCGCUAUUACUAUACUGUAUGGUUAUGGAUUAAGUGAUAACCGUUUGUUGUAUAUUGUAUGUCCCCCAGUUGUUUGUAGAGUAUGGUUUAGUGGUCUCUGUUGGUUGAUACGUGGCUUAUCGAGACAACAAGCACUCUGUGAUAGAAAAUUAUUAUGGCUAAGAGAACAAUAUAUGCAACUGUACCAUGAGGACGGUUACUGCUGUGGACCAUUAGCUGCUGACGCCAUUAGAUCGUUCGGAGGACGAGACUGGUCAAUAGCGGGAGUAACAGGUGGACAAGGGGGAGAAUCAUCUGGAGCGUUAAGACGAGAAGUAUCGAUGAAAAUAAAGAAAAAACAACUUCUCAGCAAUCAGACAUUCAAAGAUCAAACAAGAUUUUUUAAUUGUUUUGAAACAUUUAAGGACAGAAGUCUACGUACGCAGUUCGUAGAACCGACUACGAUGUGUAUGGAGAGUAGUUAUUGGAGAAACCCCACUCAUCAUCGUCAAUCUACCCCUACGACUUUUUCCGAUCACCAACAUGACGUUGCAAGGCAUCAUAGCUUAGGACAAUUGGCAUAUAACACAUCCCAACCUAAAUUUGACAGGGAUAGACAUGGUUCAACUGAGCACUUAUGGCAUGGCAGACAUCCUCGAGUUGGUUCAAUACUCUAUGACACCCAAUUGGAUUUCGUUGAUUUUGUUACUCUUUUCCGUUCCUUCAGUUUAUUAAUUAGAAAGGACCUUAGAGAUCUAUUUGAACAACUAGCAAUAUCCUACCGAAGCAUGGCUGUGAAUACUAUUAAGUUAAAUGGUGUUAAAUCGAAAGUGGCGCAACAAAAAAAGCCACAAAAAUUAGGUUUACUGACACGGAAUAGUAGAUCAGAAAUGGAAGGCGCCGUGACCAAUUCCCAAAAAAAGAUUUUCGACGCUAUCGCCGCAGCAAGCAUCUUCACGAAUUGCGCUGGAAUUGAUACAAAUAAUUCUCAAGUGAUAACUAUGUCUACGUUUACAAAAUUUUUGGAAACUAGGCAAAUGGAAGUAUGGACUGAGGAGCAAGUUAAAGCUUUGAUUUACCGACACGAGCCUGACCCGACCCUUCGAGCCCAAAAUUGUCUAUCAUUCGAAGGAUUCGCCAGAUACCUAAUGGAUAAGGAUAAUUUUGCUUUUGUUUCCGAAAGACAAGUCCCCGGUGAGAGUGAUAUGACGCGUCCAUUAUCUACGUACUAUAUAUCAUCGUCUCACAAUACCUACUUGACAGGUCAUCAGCUAAAAGGAGAAUCGUCCGUUGAAUUAUAUAGUCAGGUUUUACUGACUGGUUGUAGAUGUGUCGAAUUGGAUUGCUGGGACGGAGACGAUGGGUAUCCGAUGAUAUAUCACGGACACACUUUUACAACAAAAAUACCAUUUAGCGCUGUGGUGGAAACUAUUGAUAAGAACGCCUUUGUUACUUCCCCGUAUCCUGUGAUCCUUUCGAUAGAAAAUCAUUGCUCCUUACAACAGCAAAAUAGAAUGGCGCAUAUAUUCCAGAGAAUCUUCGGAGAGAAAUUGGUUACCUCCUUUCUAUUCGAAUCAGAUUACAGUGACGAACCGUGUUUGCCUUCUCCGGAGCAGCUCAAGCAUAGGAUUUUAAUAAAAAAUAAAAAAUUGAUAAUGGAGGCGCCGCCACCGUUAACUAUUACAACUAUGACAUCUGUGAGACCGGGAAGUGGAGGAAUAAGACAUUCGGUACCGGGAAGAACCAGUUCAAUAAUCAGCAACACCAGUAGCAGUUCAUUCAACGACGAUUUCAGUGACGAUGAUUACGAUGAUGAAGACGAUGAAGACAAUAUUGACGAGAAACCAGUUCAUGGAAUGAAUUUAACAGAUUCACCUCGACCGUUUGGAGUAUCGCACGCCGUUUCCAAAACGAGUUCUCAGAAAAGAGUUGCUCCCGAUGAUAAAUUGAAGAAAAAGAGUAGUCAAAUUUCCAAGGAAUUGUCUGACUUGGUUGUUUAUAUACAAGCUAUAAAAUUUCGUGGUUUGAACACAAUUUCCCCGAGCAGCUCAGUGAAACAAAGACAGAAAACCAUCGCUUGCUCAGUUAGCUCUAGCGCUACGUCCGGGAUAAGCUCCUCGUCAAAUAUCAGCUCAGGAACCGCAAACGAAUCAGAUAAUACAAUUUUCGAAAGCGAGAUUCAGAAACAGCGUCCCAACGUUCAUUUACCAUGUUAUCAGUGCUCUUCGAUUAACGAAAAUACUGCUAAAAAGUUGUGUCGUAAACAACCCAUGGCGUUGGUAGCUCACACCCAAACGCAACUGAUGCGGACUUACCCAGCUGGUAUGAGAAUAGAUUCUUCCAAUUUUAACCCAGUUAUAUUCUGGUCGUUCGGUAUACAAAUGGCAGCUCUCAAUUAUCAAACUGAAGACACUGCGAUGCAGCUCAAUACGGCUCUUUUUGAAAAUAAUGGAAGCUGUGGAUACGUCAGUAAACCGAAUGUCAUGUGGGACAGACAGCACGUCAUGUACAGGCGUUUCAAUCCUUGGGAUAAGGAAUUCGAUGGUAUUCAUUCGUCCCAAAUGGUGAUCAACAUAGUAUCCGGCCAAUAUGUUGGUCAAAGUAACGUAAAUCUGAGCACCUACGUGGAAGUAGAAGUAAUAGGCAUUCAAGUCGAUUGUAAUAAGCAAAAAACGAAAACCAUACAAAAAAACUCACUCAAUCCCAUAUGGAACGAUACGUUCAACUUUAGAAUUAUGUUCCAAGAUUUAGCUUUUUUAAGAUUCACCGUUAUAGACGCGUCCAGUAAUCAUCUAUUAGCUCAAAGGAUCAUGCCCUUGAAAUGUCUAAAGCCCGGCUACAGACACAUAAGGCUCAGAUCUUCGCAAAAUAAGUCUCUCAAUAUGUCGACUUUGUUUAUUUAUUCGAGAUUAGAAGAAGAAAGUUUGGAAAAUACCGAACCCUCUGAUGGUAUUACUGACAGAUCCAAACAAAAUGAAAGCGAAACUUCCGAAACAUCUGGAACUGAUGGUACAUUCUUGGGAAUAUCUGGAACCCCCCUAUGUGUCAAACGCCGAAUGUUCUUCUUAAUGGUAUACGGAGUUGUUACAGAAGAACCGUACACCAUAUUAAAAAUAACACAAGAAAGUACGACACAAGAUGUUUUAUUGCUUUGUCUACAAAAAGCAGGCGUCAGUGCGACUAAAGUAAACGAUUAUAUCUUAGUAGAAGAAGUAGCCAGAGGCUGGGAGAAGAAAGACCACAAUUUACCAGCCACACAAAGAAUAUUAGAUCUCCAUGAAAGACCGUUACAAGCACAAUCCCAAUGGAAAGGUGAAGGUCGCUUCAUUUUGAAACGAAUGGGCGAUGACCCGAGUAGUCGAGCUUGGUUAUCAUCCAUCCGGAGCGUGGCUAAUCGAGAAAGGGAAGCCCGAAAAUCAGACGGAGUACCCAGUAAUGCUUGGGAAAUAAACGAUACGUUUCUUGUUUGUAUAUAUAACGUUUCUCCCGAAAUUCCAUACGCCAUUCUCAAGGUACCGUUGAACGCGUGCGCGCAAGACGUUUUAGCGCAGGCUCUCGUCAAAGCCCGACGUCUAGAGGAUCCCAUGAACUUCGUUAUUGUAGAGGAACUGGAAUGGGGUGGUGCCAGUCAUAAUAUACAACAGCGCGCUUUAGAGGAUUUCGAAAACGUUUACAGCGCGCAAUCGCAUUGGCAAACCAUCGGUCGUUUCAUCCUUCAGGAACGUUCGAGCGCUACACCGACGUCAUUACGCAAAAAUCGAAUAACGUCGAGUUUGCGCCUCGCCACGCUCGACAGGAUAAGUCGAGGUUUGAACGUAGCGCGCAACGUAGCCUCGAAUAGUAUUAAAAUGCCCGUACAGGUGGCGCUGAGCGAUCCGACAACGUCAAAAUGGAAAAGCAAAACCGGAGAAGAUUCCAAGGGCAAAAACAGCUCUAGAAACAAAUCUUCAUCGGAGAAGGAAUCGUCUACUUCGUCGGGGGCUGCGAAAAAAUCGGAAGUGACGCGAGAAGUGCACUCUGAAGGCGAGACUUUGAGUGACGAAGACGCCAAAGAGACUGACUUAAUGUCAACCAUGUCGAGAUUAAAGAAGGUUUCGAUAAGGAAAUUUAAGGAGUGGAAAUCGUGACUCAUGGACUAAAAACUUUUUUUGUUUAUAUCAGUGACUCCAUAAUGUUUUAUUUAUAACGUGUAAUAUCGUAGGUAAGGAUGAGGUGAGGUUAUUUCGAACAAACUUAAAAAAAAUGCGUUUUUACUGUACCAAAGAAUGUAGUAGUCCAAAACCAUGCCCCUUGUACAGUGACGUAAAGUGAGACAGAUAUCCACUCCGGGAGGAUAGGAAAAGGUGGAAAUGAUACAAUUUUUUCAAUUACUGCAGAAUUUAGAUAAGAUUGUAUGUAGGAGGUCCGGUUAUACUAAGAUUUCAAAGGUGUAUUGUCUCCCAAAUCCAAAGUGGCCCUAACAAUUCUUCGCUUCUACGUGUUUAUCGUUCAAAGUAUUUCCUUGUGAAUGGGGAGCAUCCUCAUCCCCACAGAAUGUGUACUAGUCAGUGAAAAGUAGCAUACUUAUACUUAACAGUAUUAGAAAAGAAUUUUUUGGAGUGAACAAGACCUAGGAGAAUUAAUCUUUUAGAUAAUUCCUUAAAAAAUCCUGUAGGUCUUCUGAAAGGCCUCAAAACAAUUUUGCCGAAGUGGAAGAUGUUGUUUGGUCGGUUAGAGGUAGACAAGACAGAUUCGCUGAUAAUUGGAUAGAGGGAAUUUUCACCAAACAUAACAAGGCCUCUAAGUAUACCACCAAAGAGAUGGUACAAACGCUGAGCUAGUAUUAGGGCCAAGUAGUAGCACUAAAAUAGUCAAAAAGUCAUUAAAAUAUCUGAAGGACACAAAUAGGUCCUGGGACUUUUGCGCUCCUUUUUUUUCUUGAUUGUCGAAUGACCAAGAACUCAAUUCAAAGAGACCAAACCGUUUUAACCAUAUCAAUGAGUUUCCUACAACAUUUCCAGAUCAGCUUUGAAUCUCAAACUCAAAACUUUGUUCCUUUCCAGUCUAGGUCCAAACAUAGUUUUUUUAAUCAUAUUUGUACCAUUACAAGUUCAGAUAGUUGAUUCCCAAUCUCUAUUAGUACUCAAAAUGGUGCUAAAAGCUUAGAGAUUAACUUGGUCAAAGAAGAUCAUGCACUGUGCUAUGUAAUUUCCUCAUUACCUGUACCUACCUAAUUAAAAUAGGUGAGGUUUGAAUUUCUGGUUAGCGCAGCUUCUUUUGGAUGAGUUGUUGUGUGGUACCCUUUGGUUCAUCAUGUUUUAUACUGAAUCAAAUUAGAACUUCACAACUAUUGUUUUUGAAAAUUUAAUAUACGUAAGAGAUGUAAAAAUUAGUAUUGAAAACAGGAUAUACUAUGAUGGAUCUGAAACCUAGUAAUGUUGAAAGACAGUUAUACCAAAUGGUGAGGUAGGUAGAAAAACAAAUUAUGGACCAUAAUUUUCAUUAUAUAUCUAAUAGAAAUCAAUAACGACUAAAAAAGGAAUUCAUUAAUGAACACAGUAGCUUAGUGGAUUGACCAGCAGGAUGUCCUCAAUGGAAAUAACUCCUUUGAUCGGAUUUUGGACCUGAAACAAAUUUUCCAUGGCGAUUUUCAGGACAUUUUGAAUAUUUUCUGUUGUAACCUCUUCUUUUGAUGGUCCUAAUCGUACCUCCACAUUGAUGAUGGUUGAUUUUACUCAAUAAGAGUCGCCAUAAUAUUUUUUAAAACAA